GCUGUGACGACACGGAUCGCGGCUAGGCGCGCGGCCGAGCUGCGCAGCCCCGGGCCCGCGGCCAUGCCCAAGCGGGGCUGUACCUUCACGGACGCGGCCCCGCUGCAGCUGAAGGUCCGCGUUGGCCAGAGGGAGCUGAGCCGCGGCGUCUGCGCCGAGCGGUACUCGCGGGAGAUCUUCGAGAAAACCAAGCAGCUCCUGUUUCGAGGGGCCCAGGCCUCUAUGGACCACUUGUGGGAGGAAGGCUGUGCCAUCGUUGACCUGCCGGAGUCCCCGAAGCCUGGCCCCACAGAGGCCCUUGGGACCCCCCGUGGGCAGAUGCUGAUCGGACCGGAUGGCCGACUGACCAGGAGCCGAGCCCGGGCCUCCGAAGCUGACCCGUCCGGGGCAGCGACCAGGGCCUGCUCCUCGUGCGUGCGAGCCGUGGACGGGAAGGCGGCGUGUGGCCAGUGUGAGCGCGCCCUGUGUGGGCGGUGCGUGCGAAUCUGCUGCAGCUGCGGGGCUGUGGCCUGCGCGCUGUGCGCCCUUGUGGAGAAAUCCAGGUCACGUGGGCCGCCAGCCCCGCCCUUUGCUCUGGGUCUGCCGUCUCAGUCACUUCGUGAUUUGAUCUUUCGAGGUCUGGUGUCGGGACUGUCGGCGUGGUUUUUCCCGGCAGGGAGCUCGCCGUUGGUGGAGGCAGCUGUGGCGACGUUCAGGAGACGGUGCUCUGUGCCAGCUGUGCCAGGUUCGAGGCCUGAGGGCCGGGAGCGGACGACAGCCUUCCUGGACGGCCGCGCCAGUGGCGACGCCGAGGGACCCUGGGGGGCGGGGUGUCUAUUUUAUAUUUUGUACUGAGGGCGGAAGCGAAUAAACCCCUUUAUAUUUGGA